UCUGGCCCUAGUGAUAUCAUCUUCUAUGGCGAUCUUUUGGUUUCCAAAAAGUGAUUCAGCAAACAUCACACUCACAGCAAUCAUUUUCCGCCCCAGCUUGGCACGCAAGCAACGUCCGCAAAUUUCACCUUGACCCAGCCAAGCUCAGCCACUUGUGACUACUUUACAAUUCCCGAUUGCGCAUUGCCGAAUUUGUCGCUGCGAAAGGGGGGAAAAAUCGAGUUUUUUACAUUUCAAGCUUUUCGGAUACCUUUUUUUUUUAAAUCUCGUUGAUCAUGUUGCGUACAGUUAAGCCGAAAAACGCUCGUUCCAAACGUUUCUUGAAGAACCGCGAGGCCAAAGUUCAUGAGAAUCCAAAGACCACUUUGUUUGUUCGAGGUUCAACCACCAGCCAAGUGGUGAAUGAUGCUUUGAAGGAUCUGUAUGCUUUAAAACGUACCAAUGCCAUCUAUUUCAACAAAAAGAACGAGAUCAAGCCUUUCGAAGACGAUGAAAAGAUUGAAUUCUUCUCACGCAAAAACGAUUCUUCGCUCAUGGUGAUCGGUACUCACUUGAAGAAACGACCGCACAACUUGACGUUCGUGCGCAUGUUCAAUUACGAAAUUCUCGAGAUGAUCGAGCUCGGUAUUGAAAAGAUGACGGCUCUGAGCGAGAUCAAGGGAACCAAGAGUUCGCUCGGUAUCAAGCCUUUGCUUGUGUUUAGCGGUGACAUGUUUGAUUCUGAUACAACACACAAGAACUUGAAGAAUUUCUUUUUGGACUUUUUCAACGGCGAGGCCACCGAUGCCGUCAACCUGGGAGGUCUGGAAUACGUAAUCAGCUUCACUGCCACCCCCGAACGCAUUUACGUUCGAAGCUAUUUCAUUCAAAUGAAGAAGAGCGGUAGCAAGACACCGCGCGUGGAAUUGGAAGAAAUGGGUCCUCAUUUUGAUUUCGUCGUUCGACGUACCGUGGCACCCAAGUCGGAUCUCUGGAAGUCGGCUGUGAGAGUACCAAAGGAAAUCAAGCCCAAGAAGGUGAAGAAUAUCGAUACGGAUGAAAUGGGUGACAAGGUUGGACGUAUCCAUAUGGGCGAUCAGCAGUUGCACAAGAUCCAGACCAGAAAGAUGAAGGGUUUGAAAAAGCGAUCUGCGGAAGAUGACGAUGACGAAACAUCUGCAACAAAGAAACAAAAAUCGGAUGAGACGGAUUAAGCUUGUCCUUGACCCACUAACUUUUUGUUAAAAAUUUGAUACACUCUUUUGGGAAGGAACGAUCUACCAUUUUUUUCCCAAAGAACCUCCAAUACAGCAUACACAGAAAGCCACCAUUUUUUUCAUUUCAAAAGCAACAUUUAUCUCUUAUUCUGUCUAUAAAAGAAAAAGCAUUAUUCUUUC